CAUGCCGGACGGAGCGAGAGUCUGCAGCGAGGAGGAGUACGAGGACCCCGAGCUUCCGGCAUGGCAGUCUGUGAAGAUCUUGCCAGCCCGGCCGAUAAAGGAGUCUGAGUACGCAGAUACCCGCUAUUUUAAGAGUGUAGCAGACCUUUCCUUACACCCCAGCACCCCCAACCCCAUGGAGCAUCAAGCCUGGAAGAUGGAGAGGAGGCCGGAAGGCACAAGCAAAGUCUCCUUGGUAGACCAGCCGAUGUCCAGGGACCUCACGAGCAGGAGCCAACACAUCAGAGGAGACAGAGCCACAAGAGGAAGCAAGACUCCUCUACCACCUCCUCGGCCACUGGACACUCUUCCAAAGAAGUACCAGCCCCUGCCCCCUGAGCCACUUUGCAGCUGGUCCCCUUUGCCUCUGAGACAUCCCUUCCCCGAAGGCCGGCCAGCACCCAGGUCCUUGGAACAGAAAAAGCUCCUGGUCACCAGAAGAGGCUUCACCCACCUCCCCUGCCACAAAAUCAGAAUCAUCAAGAGACCCCUCCUGCAGCUUUCAGCUCAUCGAGAAGCCAUGCAGCCCCACCCUUCUCGGAAAGGACGGUCGCCCACCAGCUGCGACCCCUGUGACAGCUGUAAACCCCCGAGCUGGAGAGCCCCUUAUCCUGUCAGGGCUGAUGCGAAGCAGGGAAUCUCGCACAAUGAGUGGUACAUUGGAGACCUCAGCCGCCAGGCAGUGGAAGAGGCUUUGGUGAGAGAGAACAAGGAUGGAACUUUCUUGGUGCGAGACUGCUCUACCAAGUCCAGGGCAGAGCCCUACGUGUUGGUGGUGUUCUACAGAAGCAAAGUCUACAAUGUGAAGAUCCGCUUCCUAGAGAGGAACCAGCAGUUUGCUCUGGGGACUGGGCGCAGAGGAGAUGAGAAGUUUGAUUCAGUGGAAGACAUCAUCGAACACUACAAGUACUUCCCUAUUGUGCUGAUUGAUGGGAAAGACAAGACUGGAGUCCGCAGGGAGCAAUGCUAUCUGACUCAGCCCCUGCCCCUCCACAGACACUGCACCUCUCAGUAGCCUGCUUUGUCUUCUCUUCCAUUCAGGGCUCCAAUGCCUCCAUCACUGUUUCAUUUACUUGCAAGGAUUUCAUUCCAUGGUCUCAAGAGCUGACUUCUUCAACUCCUUAGGAAUGAAUUCCUAUAAAACUGGCAAGUCAAUAUUGGUUUUGAAUACUCGGAUCACAGAAGAAAUAUUUACAGAACACAAAAAUUAAAAAAAAAAAAAAAACUGGCUGUCAAAGAAGAAACUUGUGAACUUGAGCACGGUGCCCAUGUCACAUUAGAGCUGAGUCACGGGUUGCAAGAAGCUACGGCUGAAAUGCUUACAGUCUGCAGAAAGGCUGUGUGAUUGCAUAGAGGAAUGCCACUGACUUUUGAAUGUUAAUUUUAUAGCCUGACUCAUUACUGCAUUGCCUGAUGAUUUCCAAAAGCUUCUUGCUGGAUUCCUUAGGUUUUUCCAUGUAUACUAUCAUGUCAUCUGCAAAUAGUUUGACUUCUUCUCUUCCAAUCUGUAUGCCUUUAAUUCCUUGCUCCUGCCUGAUUGCUAGGGCAAGAACUUCCAACACUAUGUUGAAUAGUAAUGGUGAUAGUGGG